AUGGCUGACGAUGGCAUGCUCCUCAACUUUUCGAUAUCAGACACGGUACUCAAACCCGAAGCCAAAUUGAAAGGAGGUUCAUGGCGCGAUCGACUUUCAGCGAAAAAACUCGCCCAAGGCAAACGGGCUCCUCGAACGAGAGUCUUGAGAACGCCUGGCACCGGCCAGUCUGGCGAUAAUCCGAAUAAUGUGCGAGUUGGUGAACGGAGGGCACCGUCUUCGCAUCCGAAUAAGAGGCCACGAACAGAUGGCGCGGAUUUUCGUCCUGCAACGUCGUCGGAUGGAAAACCCCGCGGAGGAGGUGCAUCGGGAGGACAUCGAGGACCGAAGCCGAAACAAAUCAUUUCGUCCCUCUUUUCAUAUAAUCCAGAGUCGAAGGAGAGUGAGGAGGACGCCAACAAGAAAGCCGAAGACCAAGCGGACGAUGUCGAAGUGAAACCAUCGAAUGCACCACUCAUCGACGGAAUUGAGGAUUUCACUAAUCUCGGUCUUGCUCCGACGCUGGCGGCACAUUUAUUGACAAAGAUGGAAUUGAAGGCACCUACUGCAAUUCAGAAAGCGUCUAUACCGCAAUUAGUCAAAGAAGAUAGCGAUGCUUUUAUUCAGGCGCAAACAGGUUCUGGAAAGACGUUGGCAUAUCUUUUACCGCUUGUUCAGAGGAUCAUAAAUCUCAAGGAUAGUGGUGCUAUUUCGAAGAACAGUGGUAAGGGAAACGAGGAUUCGAUUCAUCGUGAUGCGGGGCUGUUUGCGAUCAUCUUGGCGCCGACGAGAGAAUUGUGUAAACAGAUUUCGAUUGUCCUGGAGAAUUUGCUGCGGUGCGCUCAUUGGAUCGUCGCUGGUACAGUUAUUGGUGGAGAGAAGAAGAAAUCGGAAAAGGCUAGAUUGAGGAAAGGAUUGAAUAUCCUCGUUGCUACACCGGGUCGACUUGUGGAUCAUUUGGAUAAUACUCAAGUGUUGGACGUGAGCAAUGUGCGAUGGUUGAUUCUGGAUGAGGGUGAUCGAUUGAUGGACCUUGGGUUUGAGGAGGAGAUACAUGGGAUUAUGAAGAAGCUUGAUGCAAGACAACGACCAAGUUCGAUUACUGGUCUACCGACGAAAAGAACCACCGUGCUCUGCUCUGCUACAUUGAAGAUGAAUGUGCAGCGAUUGGGAGAGAUUAGUUUGAAGGAUGCAGUGCAUAUCAAGGCGGACCCCACCGGUGACGAUGGAGAAGAAGGGGACGUUGACGGGCAAGAGAAGAAUGCAUUUACAAUGCCCGCACAGCUUCAACAGUCAUAUAUCGUUGCAGCAUCGAAGCUGCGGCUGGUUACACUUACAGCCCUGAUGAAGCGUACAUUUAUGCGCAAAGGGUCGGUUAUGAAAGCAAUCGUAUUUGUUUCAUGUGCUGAUUCUGUGGAAUUCCAUUUUGAGCUCUUUACGCGAAAAGACGAGAAUGCUAAGGCAGAGACACAACCGGCGGAGUCAUCCGACGGAAGCGACACAGAAGAAAGCGAUGGCCAGCAAAAAGCAAAAGCUGUAGCUGCUGCAGCCAAAGCAGCUCAACAUGGCACCAUUAGCCGUGCAACAGCAUUUUCAAACGCGUCUAAUCCAGUCACCAUACAUAAACUUCAUGGCUCCUUACCACAAAACGUCCGUACUGCGACACUUGGCGCAUUCGCACAGUGCAAAGAAGCCGCAGUCCUUAUUUGCACUGACGUUGCGUCUCGAGGUCUUGAUUUGCCCAACGUUGACCUUGUCGUCGAGUACGACCCGGCCUUUAGCUCCGACGAGCAUCUACAUCGAAUCGGUCGUACUGCACGUCUAGGCCGCGAUGGUCGAGCAAUUGUCUUCCUCCUCCCAGGCAGCGAAGAAGGAUACGUCGACAUCCUCAAACGCAGCUACCGCGACGGAGGCAAAGCACUCACUCGACAGAAUGCAAACGACGUCUUAAAACGUGGGUUUGGCGGAAACACCGAUGCUGCCAGCCAGAAUUGGGAAGAAAAGGCUACCGAUUGGCAAUUGGAUGUUGAACGGUGGGCACUUGAGAAUUCGCAGUCUCUUGAACUCGCUCGCCGAGCGUUUCAGUCUCAUAUCCGUGCAUAUGCGACUCACGUCGCCGCUGAGCGAAACAUGUUCAAUAUCAAGGAGCUUCAUUUGGGUCAUUUAGCUAAAGCGUUUGCACUCCGUGACAGACCCUCGAAGGUCAAUGUUCCAGGCUUGAGACAAUCAAAGGACGAUACGAAGAAGGAGUUCAAAGCUAAUAGACGACCAUCGGGUAAAUCCGCUGGUAACAAUGCCGCUGAGAGCAGGAAGCGCAAGACUACCGGUGACGAUGAUGAUGUACCUCGUGACACGAACAACGAUGAGGCAGUUCGCAGGAUGCGCGCCAAGAUGCGAGCAUUGACUGGAGCUGGUGCAAGCGAGUUCAACUUGGCUUAA